AUGGACAAGUUCUCUGCCUUUGGCAAGAAUAUCAGUACGGCAUUCAAUUCGACAGUUACUCCGUCCUGGCAACGAAGUCAACAGUAUCUCAAGGAGCAAUUUGGAAAUGCUGAAGAUAAGACACAACUGCCGGCGGACUACAUCGAGCUUGAGAAACGAGUCGAUGCUUUGAAGCAAGUCCAUCAGAAGCUCCUUGAUGUCACCAAGCAAUACCAGAAUGAAGCCUACGACUACCCUCCCAAUAUCCGCGAAUCCUUCGGUGAUCUUGGUCGCAGCAUCUCGGAGAAAGUGACGCUGCUCUCCAAAGCCCACAACGCAUCCGAAGCAGCAACCGCCUUUACUGCUCCCCCUUCGGCAAAGCCUCAACCCAAGACAUUCAAUCAUGCCAUUGCCCGCGCCUCGCUCGCAAGCUCCCAGCUCAUCAAACAGUCCAACACCUCGGGGACCGGCGAAGACCCACUUGCAAAUGCUUUGGAGAAAUACGCGCUUGCGGAAGAGAAAGUGGGCGAAGCUCGGUUGGCACAGGAUCAGGCCAUCCAGUCGCGAUUUCUUGCUGGAUGGAGCACCACGCUGAACACAAACAUUCAAUUCGCGACCAAGGCAAGGAAGGCGGUCGAGAACAGUCGUUUGCUGUUGGACAGCACCAAGGCGGCCAAGAAAGGUCAGAUUCAGGGUCGCGGCAUGAAUCCGGAUGAUGAGACCGCCCUGAGCGAGGAUGCUCGUGCGGAGAUAGAGGCCAAGGAAGACGAGUUUGUCUCGCAGGUCGAGGAAGCCCAGGGGGUAAUGAAGAAUGUGCUCGAUACCCCCGAACCACUCCGCAACCUGGCGGACCUGAUUGCUGCGCAACUAGAGUACCACAAAAAGGCGUAUGAAAUUCUGUCUGAAUUGGCCCCAGAGAUCGAUCAGCUCCAGGUUGAGCAGGAGAGCAACUAUCGCAAGAGCAGAGAGGGUGCUUGA